AGCCGACGAUCCUCCAUCCGCCACGGUUCCCUUGGGCAGCGGUUCCACGGAAGAUUGAAUGGGGAUCCCACACUUCAGACAUCCACCGACGCCGACGUACACCGAUCUUCUGGAGGGGCGUGCACCGGCAGGAUACGACGCAGGGGUGGUCGACCUCAGCUUCGGUCUGAGGCCGGGUAGCUGUGACGACGUCUCGUGCAAUGUUGUGGCGAACCCCGCUUCAACAAGCUUUGACGCAAGGCCAUCGGGGAGGACGGGUGGGCUUCCACCAAACGACAACGGGCGCCAGCGUGGGUUGCCCUGCGAUCGUGGAUCGAAUUCGCCACGGGUUGGAGCUGUUGGCAGUGUUGGUGUGGCUGCGUCCAGGACGAGGACAAGCGGGUCGCAACCGUGCAGAUCGACGAGGCCUGCUAAUGCGACAGACGGGGAAGGAGACGAGGAGGCGUGGUCGGCCACAGAGGUUGUCGGACGACAGGUGUGGGAAGAUCAGCGGCGACAUUUGAGGCAGUCGACGACGUCCGGCAUAACGAGAGGUGUGGCGAGGAUGAACGUCGGCGAAGAGGAUACAAUCGCCGACAACGACUAUGGAGGGCCUGAAGAUAGCGGACGUGACGACGGUGCGAACGACCAUGAGGAAGAAGACGAGGACGGCGAAAUGGACAUCUGUCCACUUAGGAGGAAACGGGAAGUGCGGUCUGCCACGAAGAAGUGUAGUGAAGCGCGCACAAGGAGAAAGGGGAAGAAGGCUGAAGAAGACAAGUCAGCAGGCGAGGGAAGCAAAAGCAGAGACUUUUGGUCGGUCGAGCAUAUGAUCGCUCUCGUCCGAGAUAAACGCGACCAGGAUGUUGUGAAUUGUGUUGUGAAGGCAGGACCGCGCACUGUCGUCCACAUGCCGCAACGGAACACGACAAUGAGGGGGAGGAGAGAGAGCGGAGGAGGAGAGGGGGGGAAAGGCAAGCGAGGACAGGGGCACGUCGCGAACUCCACAAAAAAGAUCGUAGUUCAUAACAACUCGGAUUACAACGAAGAGGAGGGGAACAUGGCGGUGGCGGUCGUCCAAGGCCAGCAAAUGGUCGGGCGAUUGGGUUUCGGCCGGGACAGUGUGCCAAGGGAGCUGGUCGCGGCAUUAAAACAGGCUGGCGGAAGUGCUGCCAUCGUCGGCCAAGUGAGGACACCGAAGAGAGGCGGGUUACUGAUCAACGAGGGAUGGGUCGCCGAGGCCAGUCCUGCCGGCGGGGGGUGCGGCUUCGAGUGCCGCUCGUGGUGCGAUCAUCCCGGUUGCUGGGGCGGGGCGGGUGGAGAAGCAGGUGGUGGUGGGGAAGAGAGAAGGGUAGUGGACGUUCGCCGCGAAGACAAUAGAGGGGAUGGGAGGCGGGGGAGCGACAACGACGAAGACAACCGCCCUUCAAAAAGGUUGAAGAAGCACGGCCCGGAGGACGAUCUGGAGCAUAGGUCGAAAUUGUGGGUAGAUAGCGACGCAUUCUGGGGUCAAGGUCCUCGCAAACCGUUGAGGGAGGCGUUUACGGAUUGCGUGGAUUACUUCAUCGCCAUCACCAACGGGGACUCGGGAGCUGAGCCGCCAUCCAUGCUCAUAAUGCCGCCUGCGGAUAUCCAGCGCACAAAGAGCAAUGACCCUACGCAGCGCGAUCCGGCUUUGUGGAGAGCAAGGGCCGUCGAGAGAAUCCUGAUGCGAGCGAUCCACCGGUGGAUUUUCAAAUCGUCAUCAAUAUCAAAUGGCUUCGCACGUGCGGAGCCCUACAUCACUGUGGACUACGCCACCGACAUCGCACGUUCUGUGUGGCAAGGCUUAGAAUGGUCGAGAGUGGUCUCCCCGACGCUCGUCUACUGCACAUUGCAGAUGAAGAUGGACGUGCCUCUGUGUUUCGCGGAGUUGAAAAUUGUUGACGGGCCUGAAGAUGAUGACAUGGCCGCACAGCAGGAGGCGACAAUCAUUCGCGUGGCAGACCGCUGGACGGAUGCGUUGCAUUGUGGGCAGUGGGCGGACGACAGUAGGUUGAAGUACGAUAGGCUGUCUAGACUCGCGGAUUGUCUGCGUUAUCUUGUAUGCGCUUGCAUGUGGAUCAUACGAAUGGGUGGUGACGACUAUCGCUCGCACUACGACGCGGGAUACUUCACUGCACUCACUGCAAAACCCACCCUCAUUGUUGCGGGCUCUUACACCUUCAACUGGAGGCGCACAUCGUCGACACGGCGAACAUCGUAUUGGAUCGCCUGGGAAGCCACACAUCACACUGGGAGAGUAUCUGCACUGCAUCCCGGAAUGGGUCGACUGCGGGAUGGUGUGCGCUCACAAUGCGGCGUUGAAGAAUGCUGUUGAGGCUGCCAAUCACGACUGGGUCGGGAGUGGUCCAACGGCGGCUAACGACGAAAACGAAGGGAAAUGAGAGACAGAUGAAGGGACGAUCCUCCUACGUACGACGAUCAUGGUCAAUCUUCAUGUGGAGUGUUGAAGCAAGAGGGAGGCUGUUGAAGACGACGCCGGCGAUGAUAAGGGCGGGUAUCGGUGUGUGAUGGGAUGAUACCAUGGGUGGCUGCCCCACGUGUCGAGCGGCGGUUCGGGCGUGGGCGCACGCCAAGCCGGCGAUG